UUAAUAUUAAAAGACUAAAUUAAGUAGUAGUUGGUGGUAAACGUGAAUACUGGCGUAAAAGGCCUUCGAUGACUUAAUAAAUUGGACAUGGAGUGACACAAAUAAAAAUGCGUGAAACACUUUACCUUUAUUUUGGCAACCAUUUCCGGAAGUCGUAGUUCCAACCGCUGGUUGUUUGACACUGUUAUUUUAUGAGAGCUCUGGCUGUCUCCUACACUCAAAACAGACACCAUUGACCGGAGAAAAAUCAAAGAAAAUUGACACUCCUGUCACGGCGGUUCUCGGACUUUCAUUUAUGGAUUAUCUCUGAUUGAAACGCGACAUCAUGAUUAGUAGGAGGCCGAGAACUGUUUGCUAUCAGACACACGGGCGACCGUUGAGCUGGUAAUGUAUUUUUCACAGCAUAUGUUUGACUGUGUUAUAAACGGAUGUGUCACCCUCAGCGCACGGACUCUGUCGUGUUAAUGAGUAUGUCAGCCGCACCACAGCGGGUUAUUUGACACCUACGCCGACGUAAAAUAGCAAUUUGCUGACUGGAGUUGCAGCAAUGGCUUCGGCGCUGAGUAGCUUCAGUGGUCCCGAGGUGCUGGAGGACGUGAAUCACUCUCGGAGUUUGAUGGACGAGUUGAAAUUACUGUACGACUGCCGGCUGCUGGGGGACGUUACUAUCGGGGUUAAAUGUGAAGAGGAGUCCCUAGAGCACUGCGGGGGGUCACCCAGGGGUGACAUUGACCAACUUUUCCUGUGUAGCCGCAACGUCCUCGCUGCUGCGAGCCCUUACUUCAAAAGCAUGUUCACUGGGGGAUUAAAUGAGAGCAUGCAGCAGACAGUGGUCAUCCGCGGGGUGGACUCUGAGUCCAUGUCUGUCAUUAUAGACUACUGUUACACCGGCAGGGUGACCAUCACGGAGAGCAACGUCCAGAGGCUGUACGCUGCAGCCAACAUGCUUCAGCUUGAGUACAUCAGGAAGGCUUGCUCCAGCUUCAUGACAAGGAGGCUGGACCUCUCCAACUGUGUGGGGAUACUGAAAUUUGCAGACACCUAUGACAACCCAGAGUUGAAGGAGAAUGCACAAGCUUUCAUAGCCAGGAACUUCAGCCAGGUGUGUAAUGGUGGAGAGCUGUGUGAGCUGGAUUUGAUGCAGCUGAAGGAGAUGUUGUCUCUGGACACUUUGGAUGUGGACUGUGAGAGGAAGGUCUGCUCGGCUGCUUUGCAGUGGAUAGAGGCGAAUGCACCGCAGAAAAGGGAGGAUGCACUACAGGCGCUGAAGUGUGUGCGGUGGAACUUGUUUACCGAGAAGGACAAGUGCUACCUGGAGGGCCUAAUGGCGAGGCCUGUGAUUGAGAAAUACCUUGCAUCUUUCUUUAACAGGUCUGCAGAGGACAGUUGUGGAUUGCCUGCAACUCUAGAUGUACCAAAACACAGAAUAGGUGUAAGCGCAAAGGAAAUGAUUCUCUUCUUCGGCCUGCCUAACGACAAUAUAAUGUGCUGCGACCCAUACUCAGAGGACCUGUAUUUCAUGGCUCCUCCUUUAGAAGAUCUCAGCAGUCAGGAUUACAAACGUUCCACAAUGGAGUCCUUAAUUGCCUGUGCCACACCUGAGAACAACUUGUACCUAGCCUCCCAUCUCUCUAAACACUUCUGGCUGUACAACCCUGUGCUCAACAAGUGGCAGGAGUUGGCAGAGAGGCAGCUGGGGAGGAUACACUCUGGGAUGGGCUACCUCAACGGCCAUGUUUAUCUUCUGGGAGGAAGAAAUCCGGUGACGGAUACCAGGCUGAAGGAGGUAGAGUGUUACAGCGUCCAGAGGAACCAGUGGACGUUUGUGGCUCCUCUGCCUCAUUCUUUAGGUAAAAUGCAGGUGGUGUCACUAAAUGACCACCUGUACGUGGUGAACAAACGGAGAAUGCUUUGCUACGAUCCCAAGAGGAACCGCUGGCGCCACUGCGGGUCGCUGAGAAGAGACAAGCUUCACAAAGCAUGUGUGUUUCAGGAUCAGAUCAUCUGUGUGUGUGACAUCCCCGUGGUGAAAGCCUACAGCCCCACCAGAGGGGAAUGGAAGAGGCUGGGUGACAUUCCCAUUGACAGCCGUGCUUUAAAUUACCAGGUGAUCCAGCACAACAACAAGCUGCUCCUCCUCACUCAGACUUUACUGCAGCACAACAAAAACAGGGUCCUUAUCCAUGAAUACGACCAAACCAGGGACACGUGGAAGAACAUCAUGGCGGUGUAUGUGUCCACCCUGGGGCCCGUGUGUGUUUCAACACGUGUGUACCCCGCAUGCCUGGGCUCUGCUCACAGCUUCUCCACAGAGGAGGACGAUGACAGCGGCUCUAGUGCUGACUGGGACUUUGAUGGAUUGACAGACGCAGACUCCGACUCUGGCAGCUCCAGCUCGUUCUCAGAUGAGAACUGGUAGUGAUUACUGUGUCAAAGAAAAGCUUAACUUAUUUAUAAUGUGAUGGAUUUUUACAGGGUUCUGUCUGCCAGGAGAGGCUAUAGAUCCAGAUCCAGUUCAGUAUUAAAGCCAGACACUUACAGUAGAAGCACAAGUCCAUCGAAAUCCUUACUUCACUCUGACGGUUUUCUUUCUCUGCACCAGUCUGGCUUAUGAAUAUUUACUGAAGUGGAGAAGAAGCUAAGCAGAGUUGGUUUCUGAAAUACCCAGACACAAGGGCUUUGUUGUUCAAUUUGUAUCAUGUGCUGCCAGCAUGAAGGACAGUGUGCUGUCUUGUAGUCUUGUUUACACAAUAACUCAAGACAGAUACAUAACUUCAGCAAUAAAUUCCUCCAUAAAGUCGUAACUUACAAAUCAGUGAGGGCAGCUGAUUGAAGGGUACUUCAGUCCAGACGAGUAGUAUUACACUUCCAUAAAAUUGGAGGAACUGGUGAGAGACCGAUAAACAAGGAAAUAAAAAUAGAAGCAGUAGAGGCUGUUAUAUCCUGACUUUUGGUCUUUAAAGGUCCAGUGUGCAGGAUUUAGGGGCAUCUAAUCUAUUAGCAGAAAUGGUAUAUCCUCCUGAGA